CUCAAACAUCCCCAACUGAAUCUAAACCACUGAUUCGGAUUUCGGGGUAACACCACACCUCGAGUACGUAGCUUAGGGAGAAAAAGCGGCAACGGAAAGAAAACAAUUUUACCACGAAGCAGCGGAUUCAAGCACCUUCGGAGUAGUAAUAGUUCUCUCGCUUUGUGGCUCUGAGUCGGCGCCGGAGUUUCGGCAAUGGACGCGACUCCGGCGAUCUCUCAUCCUUUCACUCCCAAAUUCCUCUGCACGAAACACCUCAACGGUGGAGGUGGGAAGACUGUUAACUGUUCGCAAUUCCGUCAUCUGUCCUUUGCUCAAACUUACAAGUCCUGCAAGAUAAAUUGUUCGGGUUUCAGCAGGAGGCCUUUUGUGGUAUUGAAUGAACCCUUUUCGCAGAAGGCUAACAGAAGAUUUUGUAUUUAUGUCUCCAAUGAUUUCCGUGGUGAUAAUAUGAGUGUUGGGGCAACAUCCUCUGAAUCUCAAAAUCCUGAACUUCUUCAGCAAAAAAUUGAUGCGGCGUAUUUACCCAGUUUACAUGAUAUAGAUAACGCCGGCACCUUUCAGUCGAAGCCUAGAAGGUUCAAAAAUCGAUUCUUGAACAUUUUACUUGCUGGUUCCCUCCUCAAUAAUGCUGCUGAAUCUUUUUUCAAGAGUGAAAUACGGAGGAGGUUAUUUGUGACAGCUUUGUUAAUUGUGAUCAGUCGUGUUGGUUAUUUUAUUCCUUUGCCUGGGUUUGAUAGAAGGUUGAUACCGAAGGACUAUCUUACCUUUGUUUCGGGAUCUGUUGGUGAACUUGGUGAUUUCACUGGAGAACUUAAGCUUUCCCUUUUCCAACUUGGAAUCAGCCCACAGAUUGGAGCAUCAAUACUCAUGAAUGUGUUCUGUUACUUUCUUCCCUCGUUUGUGAAGCUGCGGAAAGAAGGCUUGGAUGCUAACGAGAAAAUUAAGAGUUAUAUAUGGUGGCUAUCACUUGCCUUUGCAAUUGUUGGGGGUUUGAGCGUUGCUUAUUAUUCUCUUCCAUAUUCCGUAUAUGCAGCUAGUCACAGGGUGAAGCAUGUGAUGGUGACAAGUUUUCUUUUGGUGUGUGGUGCCAUGACUAUGACAUGGAUUUGCGACAAAAUAACAGAAUCUGGAUUUGGUCAAGGAUCAUCGCUGAUUAUAUGUGUGGGGAUAUUGACUGGUUACAUGAAUACAUUGCACAAUAUGUUAUCUCAGCUCACAGGGAGUGCUGUGUACAAGUGGCCUUAUAUACUUGCAAUAUUGGGUGUCUUUACUUUGGUCACUAUGUGGGCAGUUGUCGUAGCCGAGGGUUACAGGAAAGUCAAGCUGCAAUACUAUGGUUUUAAGCUUGCUUCUGCUUCAAGAAAAGAAUCCCCAAUUACUGAAGUGGAGCCAUACAUUCCGUUUAAUAUAAAUCCAUCAGGAAUGCAGCCUGUUCUCACGACCUCCUAUCUGUUGGCGUUUCCCGGCAUUCUGGCAAGUCUCCUUGGUUCACCUUUCUGGGAACACGUCAAAGAGAUACUGAAUCCUGAGACUUCUCUUGGUGCAGAGCCAUGGGUGUACUACUCAAUUUAUGCUUUCUUUAUUUUCCUUUUCAACAUAGUUGACAUAGCCAACACACCAAAGGAAAUUGCUGAUUACUUAAUUAAGAUGGGUGCCAGAGUACCAAAUAUAAAGCCUGGAAAGGCCACCAUCAAAUACUUAACGAAAAUCCAAGCUUCAACACGGUUUUGGGGUGGGCUAUUGCUAUGUUUUUUGGCAACAUCAUCAUCAAUUCUUGAUCAUUACUUACGACGGAUCAAUGAGGGGUUUGCAAUUGGCUUUACUUCAGUUCUCAUCAUUGUGGGUUCGAUUAUUGAAUUGAGGAGAUCCUAUCAAGCAUACAAUGUAACACCAAGUUUAAGGAAAGUUCUAAAGCGAUAUGGCGUAUGAGUUCCGAAAAAUCUGUUCUUUCAAUUUUCGAGCCGUGUUCUGAUGAGAAUCGUCACUGAUGAGACUUCCUGGGAAAAUAUGCCUGAUAAAUGCUUCUGCUAUCAGGAUCCAGUUCUUAAAUAUGAAAUCAAGAUUCUCAGAAGGUAAGCACCAUUGCGACCAAAUGCGAGUGCUGAGUCUAUUGAUGGGCAUACAUAUACGGGGAUCAGAGCAGGCUUCUGUUUUCUUUUUGGUGGGAAGGUUUUGUUUCAUAUCCCCCAAUCCGGUAUGAUGUGGAAGAAGCGAUUAAGUUGUAAUUCCAGUAAAUUAUGAAGCAUUAGGGUGGCAUUGCAUCUUGAGACUGUAAUUUGAAGUUUUCGGUGUAAUAUGAACAAGUUCGCAUUGUGCAGACACAGGUCAUCAAGAAAAUGUCAUCCAAAUGUCAAAUGUGUAUGCUGGAGGCAUAAUUUACGUAUGAAUUUAUUUUUUGGGGGGGUUCAUUUUUGGCGUUUCAAUGAUAGAAACAAACAUGCUUAUUCA